AUGCCUAAGGUUCCUUUUCCUCAAAGAUUAGCACAAGCUAAACUUGAGAAAAAGUUCAGUAAGUUCCUCGAUGUUCUUAAAAAUCUUCAUAUUAAUAUUCCAUUCCUAGAUGUCAUAUCUAAGAUGCCUUCUUAUGCAAAAUUUUUAAAAGAUAUGCUAUCUAACAAGAGGAAAUUAGAAGAGAAUACUACAGUUGCUUUGAAUGCAGAGUGCAGUGCUAUUUUGCAAAACACUCUCCCUAAGAAAUUAGGAGAUCAAGGUAGCUAUUCAAUUCCAGUGAAGCUUGGAGAUAUUGAGAUCAACAAGGCACUAUGUGAUCUAGGUGCAAGUGUGAGCCUCAUGCCACUGUCUAUAUGCAAGAAGCUGCAGAUGGGUGAACUCAAACCCACAAGCAUAUCUCUGCAACUUGCAGACAAGUCAGUGAAGUUUCCUUUGGGUGUACUUGAGGAUGUACCCCUCCAAGUAGGUAAGUUUUUCAUUCCAUGUGAUUUUGUUGUGAUGGAGAUGGAUGAGGAUGUGAAUGUUCCUAUCAUACUAGGUAGACCUUUCUUAGCUACUGCAGGUGCAAUUAUAGACAUGAAGAAAGGUAAGAUUACUUUUGAAGUGGGUGAUGAGAAAUUGGAAUACUCACUUUUAAAUGUUAUGGGUGCUCCUUCUAUGGGAGACACUGUUUGUCAGGUUGAUGUGCUCGAUGAGCUGCAGAAUGAGCAACUUCCCUUGAAUCAAAAUGAUGAUGCUCUUGAACAAGUGUUAUUAGGGAAGGAAGAUGAUAAUGGAGAUUGGCAGUCUAAGGAGUAUACUAGGUUACUUGAUGAAGCAAAGGCCGAUCCAAAUCAGAACCCGAUCAGAGCGACAUUGGAAGUAAUGAGCAUUGGGGAGAGUUCUAAGCCUCCCGAGGUAGAGUUGAAACCCCUCCCCUCUAACUUAAAAUAUGCAUAUCUUGGUCCAAAUAAUUCAUAUCCUGUUAUUGUCAAUGCUGAACUCAAGGACACAGAAUUGGAGCAAUUGCUCAACGUUCUGAAAACAUAUAAAAGUGUCAUUGGGUACACCAUUGAUGAUAUCAAGGGCAUUAAUCCUUCUUUCUGUAUGCAUAAGAUCAUUCUUGAAAACGAUCAUGCCUCUUCAGUAGAACCUCAGAGAAGACUUAAUCCUAAUAUGAUGGAGGAAAAGACUACUUUCACAUGUCCAUAUGGCACCUUUGCAUAUCGCAGGAUGCCAUUUGGAUUAUGUAAGGCUCCUGCCACCUUUCAGCGAUGUAUGAUGGCAAUUUUCUCAAGACUCAUAGAAAACUCUAUGGAAGUAUUUAUGGAUGAUUUCUCUGUCUAUGGAACAUCUUUCGAUGUAUGUCUUACAAAUUUGAAAAAGGUGCUCCAAAGAUGUAAAGAAGUUAAUCUAAUCUUAAACUGGGAGAAAUGCCAUUUUAUGGUACAACAGGGAAUUGUCUUAGGUCACGUCGUGUCUAAUAAGGGUAUUGAAGUUGAUAGAGCUAAAAUAGAGGUCAUAGAGCACUUACCACCUCCUAACUCUGUAAAAGGAGUUCGAAGUUUCCUUGGUCACGCAGGUUUUUAUCAGUGUUUUAUUAAGGAUUUUUCGAAUAUUGCUAGACCUUUAACUGAGCUAUUGGCCAAGGAUGUCCCUUUUGUUUUUUCUGAUGCUUGUCUUGAAGCUUUUAAUAGGUUGAAGGAGGCUUUAAUCACUGCUCUAGUCAUGCAACCCCCAGAUUAG